CGCACCAACACACUCUCGUGACCGACGCAAUCGCUGUGUGUGGGUGUGAGUGUGUGGUGAAAUUGGACACGAUGACUCAUCAACUAUCUCUGCCAACCCUCUUGGGGGAGUUGGGUGGGUUUGGUGGUGGGUGGCAGGCCAUGCAGGCGAUCAUGUGAUUGUAUUUGUUUUGCCGGCAGAACGGAGAAACAAAAACAAAAACAAAUAGAUAGGCGAACGCGGCAAGUGCCACCACCGCCCGUGGAGUAUAUAAGCCGACUGGAAGGGCAACCUUUGCAUCAGAGAAGCGUUAACAUUCGAUUGUUGCAACAAACAACGUCGCAAAUACAAACGUGAAGCAAGUCAACCGAGCCCCGCGCAACACACGAGUUCAACAGCUGAAACCUGUCCAGUCAACUUCUACAGCUACUAUCGAAGCAAACAGCAAGCGCAGAGCAGUGAACCAGAAUCAUGGCGAAAAAGACGCCUACAAUCCUGCCGGAGUUUCACGGCGAGACGGACGAUUGGAACGUGUACCAAGAGAUACUGGACGAGUUUUUCCGGGCCAACGGGAUCACUGGGAAGGAUCGAGUGCCGGUGCUGAUCAGUGUGAUCGGUAAGGCAACGUACGGCACGCUGCGAAGUCUCUGCCAUCCGAAGGCAGCCAAAGACAUGAGCUACGAGGAGCUGUGCAGCGCACUGGCCCGACAGUUCAUACCGGAGAUUGCAAUCUUUCGGCACCGUGCGCAGUUUUAUCGGGCCGAGCAGCAGCGUGGUGAAAGUGUAAAGGAGUGGUACGCCCGGCUAAAGUCUCUGUCAAUGGAGUGCAAGUUCAACUCGAGCCUGCUGGAACCGCUCAUGAUCGAUCGGUUUGUGAUUGGGUUGCUGCCUGGACCGGUGAAGAAUCGUUUGCAUGAGGAGCCAGCGGAAAAUCUAACCGACAUUGACGACGUAGUCACUAUGGCAGCGUCGAAGGAAGCGGACCUGAGGGUGGAGAACGAAGGCGAUGAUAUAGCGCAAGGCUUCGCUGGAUUGGUCAUUGGUGAUGGGAGACAUUGUGGUAGACGAUAUCUACGGUACAAAAAGCUGCUUAGUCCGGAGCAGGGAUGGAAGGAUGGACAAGGUCGACAUGGUCGUCACGGUCGUCACCGCCAUCAUCGACAUGGACGCCAUCGCCAUCAUCAGUCGGAUUCGGAUUCUGGCCCAGAACAUCAUCAUGGACAUCAUGGACGUCACGGACACCAUGGACAUCAUGAACACCAUGGACACAUGAAGCACCCGGGUCGUCAUUUCGGACCACCGGCUUUCGGACCGGCACCGUGGAGUGGACCGGCACGACACUAUGGGCCAAUGGCCGGUCCAUGGAUGGGUGGACGCAUUGGAAAACCCCAUCCAUUUGGCGCAUCUGGUUGGCCCGGCAUGAUGGAAGGCUUGGGUCGUCAAGGACGUCCGUGUGGAAAGUGGCGCAAGCGCCAUUAUCAUCGCAGAAGCUCGUCCUCGAGCAGCGGCAGCAGCAGCGAUUCUAGCACGAGCUCGUCGGGCUCAUCGUCGUCCAACUCAGAUUCGGAUGCUCCUACAGAUGAGGAGAUGGAGAAGCAGGUGCGAAAGUAUCUGCGCCGCAAGUUGAACCCCCACUUUCUCAAGCGACAUGGUGGCCGUGGACGACAUCAUCGCCAUCACCACCAUCACCACCAUCACCGCGAUGAGGAGAAUCCACCGCAGGAUGGACAUGGAAAGCGAGGAUGCCGCAGAAAUCGCAAGCAGCAGGACGAACCAAGUGCGCCGGCACUGGUGGAGGAAGUGUCGCCCAACGAACCCACGACGGAUCCGGAGCUGAUCGAGUGAAAACCAGCGAGCUGAUUCACCAAUUCUAUUGAACACACAGUUAUCUCAUCCUUACGACGCACCCGGUGUUAUUGGGACCAAUAAUGGAUUACUGAUAAGUUACUAAUCGAACCGUCAACCAAAAAAAUCAGACAAACCUGUAAAGUGUGCAUGUAUAUAGGCCACAGCAAAAAAAAAAAAAAAAAACAAUAAAAAAUAAAAAAGACGGAAAAAAGAAAAAAAAGAUCAAAAAAGUAUGUGGAACUGAACUGAAA